AGGUUUCUAUAAAGGUAUAGCAGCGCCUCCGGGCUACACAGGGACACAGGUCGGACUGCUGCAGCAGAAGACGUAGCCUCAGAGAGAGCCUUCCUCCCGUUCGACUACCUGUUCCACGCUCUUCCCGGGAUGGUGUCCUGUCGCGGGCGCGCGGUCGUGCUGGCCUGCUUCGUCUGUGUUUCACUCCGAGGUCUUUUAGCCCAGCCAGUGAACGCCACAGCGGAGCCCAGCCCAGAGACCAGUGCCAAGCAGCUUGUCCGCGGGCCCAGCGACGCUCUGAGCCCCGGCGAGGCGGAGUUCAUCCGUCAGAGGAAGGAGGUGGUGCUGGCGUCCCUUGGUAGACUAAACAUCAGCAGCACAGCGGACUCGGUGCCCCACAUCGCCCUGCUGGGCUCUGGGGGGGGGCAGAGGGCAGCUGUGGCUCUCCUGGGGUCUCUCCAGCAGAUGGGGCAGGACGACCUGCUGGACACCCUGCUCUACAUGGGAGGAGUGUCUGGGUCCACAUGGACCAUGGCGUUGCUGUACAGUGAUCCUCAGUGGAGUGUCAACAAGGUGUUUUCCAGUCAGGGGGUCCACGGAGAUAUACCUUGGUGGAGCCCAGUUAAUUUAAUAGUUCCUGGGCCUUAUUGGUGGCUAAAGGCCAAAUCCAAAGAUGAGGACUUCUCCCUGUCAGAGGUCUGGGGUGUGCUGACCUCUUAUCUCUUCAUGAAACAUAUGGAUCAACGUCUCCUGUCAGCCGAGGCCAGUCGAGACAGCACCAACCCAUACCCUGUCUACAGCGCCAUAGAGAAGGAGUGCUUCAAUACGAACACAACAGACGCUGUGUGGUUUGAGUUUACCCCUCAUGAGGCAGGCUUCCCAGAGUUGGGUCACUUUGUUUCGACUGCCUACUUGGGCAGCGGUUUCGAGGGAGGGGAGCUCAAGGAACGGAAGCCAGAGAUGGAUAUGGUUCAACUGCUAGGUAUUGUGGGUUCUGCUUUGGCAAAUGAGGACAGCAUUGCAGAGAUUGCGCCUCCUUGGAUGAAUAAGUUAACAGCUGGUACAGCCCUGAAGGACCAUCUGCGUAUUUAUUUCACGUUGACUAUUCUGGUGGAUAUGCUCGAUUCUGGAAUCACAAAUGUCACGGAUUUGGCUAAACUGGAAGAGCUGCAGAAAAGGGUUUCUGAUAAGCAUCUCGAGGUGGUGCCUCUGCACAACUUGACCAAAGAGAAGCAGGUUGAAGAGUUGCAGCGCAGGAACCUGGCGCUGGUUGAAAUCGUCCAGACCUGGGUCAAGGAAUUGGACAAUGGGGUAUAUAAAGUUGCAGUUACUGAGUUGAUGGAAGUGGUUCUCCCAUUGCUGAUCAAAUGGCAGUGGGGAACAACAGAAAACUUCGUUUACGGGGUCAAAGAUUCGGAGGUCCCUGAUUGUCUCCAGUCAAGGGUGUUAAACCUGAUCGACGCGGGCAUCUCCAUCAACUUGCCGUACGAAUCCUUCUUGGGGAAGAAGAGAGACGUAGACCUCCUCAUAGCACCAGAGUUCAGUGCCGGGGAAAUGUUUGAGACUCUGACCCUUGCCAGGGACUAUGCAGCUGCAGUUGGGAAGCCCUUCCCAGUGAUAGACGAGCAGGUCCUGCUAGACAAAGACUGGCCCAAGGACUCCCCCGUGUUCCCGGGGGAGAAUGACCAACCCACCAUCAUAUUCAUGCCUCUUUUCAACAGGAUCAACUGCAAAGAUGAGGCCGAGGUCAAGGCCAGGAUGGUGGAGUACAGCACCUUCCAGAGGCCCUUCAGCCCGGAGAAGAUCGCCGCCCUGCAGGAGAUAGUGCGCGACAACAUGAGGAACAACAAGGACGCCAUCGUGAGGGAGAUCCAGAACGCUGCCACGCGCAGGCAGGCCCGCAGGAACGGGACAGACUCUGCUCUCUAAAGUAUGGCUGUACGUUAGCAUCAACGCGGCUGACACUGUCCUCCUUCGGUUUGACACCAGAGAUCUCUUUGAUGGCUUUGACAUUAUUAUUAAUUUGUGCAACUGUUGGAAGGAAGACUAGCUGGUGUCAGGAAUCAGUCAAUGGAUAACCUUAUAAUAAAACACACACACACACACACACACACACACACACACACACACACACACACACACACACACACACACACACACACACACACACACACACACACACACACAUACA